AUGACCAAGGACUCCUUCGACGGCCGCGGUGAACGGGGCAGCGACGUGGUCGGCUCCUCCUUCGACCUGCUCGCAAGCUGCACGCUGCCACAGCGGUCGCCCCAGCCGACGCACCGCGACGUCGCCUCCCACAGCAGCGGAGAUGGGCGGGCCGUGUCGCCGGCCGGCAGCCGGCUGCAGUCCUACGCCGGCCCCAGGGGCUGGGAGGAUGCGCCAGCGGACACCGGGCUGGACGAGGACGGCCUGACUCAGACGCUGGAGAGGCUGGACCUGUGGCCGCCGGAGCUCAGCCCUGGCGAUCGCAGCGAGGUCUUCACGGCCCUGCGCGUCCCCGCCGUCGCCGCCGUGCGCGCCCUGAGGCACGGCCAGCCGCUGCCGAGGAGGGUAUCGCGUCGCCUCUUCUGCGAGGGCUUCGCCCGGGUGCCCUUCAACCUCCCGGACUUCCCCGUGCCGACGCAUCUCCUGUCGACCGACCCGGCUAUUGGGGUGGAGCAGGUGGCCCAGGCCAUCGCCACCACGUUCUGCAACUGGCGUGCUGGCCUGGAACUUGUCAAGGACUUUUGGAUGAGCGGGCUCCUGUCUCUGGAGGAGAUCCAGACGGCGCUGCCCUUCCUGGUGAGGCACACCCAGGUGGAGGACGCCGCCCUGCGGGUCAUCCGCGUUGGCGCCACGCUCUUCACUCCGCAGGAGUGGCACACCAUGGUGCGCGUCCCGCGGGAGAGCAUAGGCCUGUUAAUGCCACAGACAGAGCGGCAGACGGCUGAGUGCGAGGCGCUGCCGAGGCAGUCGCUCACGCCGGUCGACCUGUCGGCGCGGGAGGCCAGGCUGGCCGCGCUGCAGGCCUCGCCGACGCCCGCCCCGCCGUGGCACCGGCAGGACCUCCGGCAGGAGACGCCGCCCCAGGCUGCUCCGGGCAGGCUUCCCGCCGCGGCCGCCGCCGAGCUGCCGAGCAGCCGCGGGCCCGGGCCCAGCGGCGGCGGUGCGCGGCGUGCGCUCGCAGCAGGCUGCCGGGUGAACAUCGACUGGAGCACAGCACGGCCAGUGGACAGCAACGGGCACGACAGCGAUGUGACCCUGCUAUGCGGCCACCAGGCUGACGAGGGUGCUGGGCUGAGGGACGGCGGCGGCCGCCCGCUGCCUGGACCCAGUUCCGCCGCCGCAGCGGCGCCGUCGGCUGCCGCCGCCAGCAGCUGCCAGGCCACGCCCCAGCUUCCGGAGGCGGCAGGGGACCCGGCGCGAUUCAUCAGCUUGGACAGGGAUCUCCCCAACGACGACUGCCGAGGUCCGUUCCUCGCCGUCGCCUUCGUUCGCUGCUGCCAGCUGUACGAGAGCCGGGGAUUGUGACCUCAGGGAGGCCGUCGGCUGCCAGCGGCCAUAGGCGCAUGCAGCCACGCGCCAGUGAGCGUCCGCGGCCCCGCGUGCUGCGGCCAGGGCCGCCCUCUGGCGCUGCACUGCACCCUGCUGCCGCUCUUUACGAGUCGCCAUCCAUUGGGGGUACGCACUGGGUGCCUCGCACCCGCGUGGUAGGCAGCGUGCAGUCGUAGAUAGUUUGCCCGUUCUGCACCAUUGUAUUUCCCUAGGGCCACGUCCGCCCAACCUUCAGCACCGACUAUCCAGUAAUUCGAGUAGAGCUUCGCAGGCAUCGUGGGAGAAAGACAUGGUCUAUGCCCUUUCCUUUUUUUAGCGUCUGCCUAAAAGCGCGUGACAAA